GCAUUUGAUAAACGUAUUCAGAAAUCGUAAGCCAGGAGAAAUCGGACAAUCUUUAUAUAAAGACCAAUGCCCAUUAGAAAAUCCAAGCAAGAAUCCUACUUCUUUUAUCACUUCUUUAGCCUCUGUGGUCUCUCUGAAUCAGAAAGUCAUAAUGGGGCCCCUCUGCAGAACUACAUUGAUUUCACUGGUAUCAAUUCUAUGCAUAUCGACUCGACUUGUCUAUGGACAAUACGGUGGUUGGCAGUCUGCUCAUGCUACAUUUUAUGGAGGCAGUGAUGCUUCAGGCACAAUGGGAGGAGCAUGUGGGUAUGGCAAUUUAUACAGCCAAGGCUAUGGAACCAACACCGCUGCUCUGAGCACUGCACUGUUCAACAACGGUCUCACCUGCGGAGCAUGCUACGAAAUGAAGUGCAACGACGAUCCACAGUGGUGCUUGCCCGGAACAGUCAGAGUCACAGCCACAAACUUCUGCCCACCAAACAAUGCACUCCCCAAUGACAAUGGUGGGUGGUGCAAUCCUCCUCUGCAGCACUUCGACAUGGCCCAGCCUGCGUAUGAGCAGAUCGCCAAGUACAGAAGUGGGAUUGUCCCAAUUCAGUUCAGAAGAGUUCCCUGCCUUAGGAAAGGAGGAGUUCGGUUCAGCAUUAAUGGGCACUCAUACUUCAAUCUGGUGCUCAUUUCGAAUGUUGGAGGAGCAGGGGACGUUCAUGCUGUGUCCAUCAAGGGAUCGAGGACAGGGUGGCAGGCCAUGUCGAGGAACUGGGGACAGAAUUGGCAGAGCAACUCGUACUUGAAUGGGCAGGCUCUGUCAUUCAAGGUGACCACCAGCGAUGGGAGGACAACGAUUUCAUAUAACGUGGCUCCUUCUGGCUGGCAAUUCGGGCAAACAUUCCAAGGAAGCCAGUUCUGAAUAUAUCUAAUCAAUUUAUAAUUAGUAUUAGUACUAGUAUUUAUGCUAAUCACCCGUGUUGAACGAGGCAUAAUUGUAAUAGGCAUCUGGGAUGGUGUGGUGAUUCCGACAUUGGCACCCUCUCCCUGCUCCUCCUCCUCAUCAUCAUCAUCAUCAUUAUUUGCAUAUAUUUAUAUAGGUGUCAGAGAAAGGAAGUUUGUUAUUGUAUUAAUCAUAAUUUACUGCUCUGCUACUGUAUGUACUCUAGAAACCGUUCUUCCAAUUGUAUUGAUAUGAUAUUUAUGGUU